GUCAAAAAGUGACGCAAUAACCAGUAGAUUUACAGCUUAUCCGUAAAAGCGAAAAAUUGAUUAGCCGUUGAUUAUGUCGUUUUUCAACACACGUAUCGUGUGUAAGAGUCCUAAAAAUGCGCUCCGUUUAACGCUACGAAAAUUUUGAAGCUUUUGAUCGACCAAUUAGAGCAAAAAGAUAUUUGCUUCUUUCGCCCUGAUUGGCUAAUCAAACAAUUCAAAACUUUCGUAACGUCAAGCGGAACGCGCCUCUAUCCGACUCCGACACAAUUUUUUCAAUCCUGCAUUUAGCCAGCCAUAAAAAUUACACAUAUGUUAGGUGUCGGGUUGUACAAGACAUGACAAGAGAACAUAACUUUUGUAUUGGUUAGGUUAGGUUUAGUGAACAUCCGUCUACCUGUCAUAAUGCUAAUUGUUCCAACAUAUUUUUUAAAUAUUUGUAUGCAGAUGCGAUACACGGAUAAGCAUUAUUGUCGAGAAAGUGAAAUUAUGUUAAGCAUCAUCACACUAUGCCGCAAAAAUUGAUGAAUUCAAUGUUCGACGAACAGAAAAAUGCUAGGCAGCUGAUCUAUCAACGUGGAAGGGAAAGUUCUCCGUAUUAUGUAUUUUUACACUCGGAUGAUGAAAGUAGUACAGAUGAGGAGAAUAUCUCUUUACAAGUUAUCAAACGAUCCACAUCACCACGUCGGAAAAUUGAGGUGAUCAAUAUACAAGUAAAACCUGAAGAUACCUUACAGGCAUUGGCUCUUCGAUAUAGAUGUACAAUAUCUGAAUUAAAACGAAUUAAUAAAAUUGACAAAGAGAAUGAGAUAUAUGCAAAGCCUUAUAUUAAGGUUCCUGUACAACCAUUUUCUAUUCUAACUGAGACAUUAUCUGAAAGUCAAAAUAAGAAUAUUACAUUUACAUUAAGUCAAGAAAAAUUAGCAAAAAAGGAAGAGCAACUUAUAGAUUUUGACACUAUAUCGACCACAGAAUCUUCAAAUAUAGAAAUUAAUACUAUUAUAUUAAAUUCGGUAUGUGAACCUUUAUCAUCCUUUAAUAAUGCCAAUUCUUCUGAGGUUCUACACACAGAACAUGAUCGAUUACUUAAUGAUAUGGACAGUACUGAAAUAGCAGAAUCUUGUGAAACAGAUAUAUUUAAAUGUUCUGGAGACAAUUGGGGAUUGUCUUGGAUGCAACUUCUUGUGUUUUCAUUACUGUUGAGUUUUGCAGGACCUAUUAUUAUAUACAUACUUUAUAUAGCUGAAUAUUCAACAAAAACAAAUAUAACUAUAAGUAAUUGAUAUUUUGUGUAAAAAAAGUAUGUAUAGAUAUAAUAAGUAUAAAAUAGAAGAGAAUAUAUAUUUUCUAUGCAGAUAUAAUUUCUAUAAAUUUUGGGACUAAACACUCAAUGUUUUGAUUAUCAUACAGAUAUAAUAAUUAAAUAUAUGCAUUAUAAAUUUAGAGACAUCUUUGCAUUAAGAUUUUAUUAGUGCAGUUGGAAUUGUAUAUAUUUUUAUAUUUAAAAAUAUACUUUCUCUUAUUCUAUUUUAUAUCAUAAAAAUAAUUUAGUCUCAGACUAGUAUUUUUUAUACUGAGUGAGAUUUUUUUAUUGAAGAUAUAACUAUUAUAGAAUGGUUCAAAUGUAAACACGCGCGAGACCUUUCUUGUAAAAAUUUUGUACAUAAAGCUUAUAUUUGAACCAUCCAUACAUAUUAAGUAUAAAUUUAUAUCAGAAAUAUAAAUAUUAUUAAUAGACUUAGAUAACAGAUUCUAAUAUAAUUUAACGAAAUAACUAAAUUAUUAUUUUUUAUCUAAGAAAAAUUGUUAACUUGUGCUAUAGCAAGCAUAAUUGUGAUAAACUUUUGACACGAUAAUUAAUUUAAUAAAAUUGAUUAAAUCCUA